GCGCGGGCGCCGGGUACGCGAGUAGGCCCCUCUUUCGCCAGGUGGCCUCGGUUUGCCCCCAGAGUGGCCAGGACUGAGUGCCCAAGACCCUGGGCAGGGGGCCCUACCAGGGUGCUGAAAGGGCAGGGGUGGGACUGCCCGAGCCUGGGCGUCUGGAACCUGGGGUUCCGGGAUUCCUCACCGCGAUUUUGGAGAAGUCACUCCGCCUUUCUGGGUCUCAGUUUCCCUGCUGCCAAAUGGGAGAGGCGUUGUGUCCCUGCCUUCUUUGACAGUCCAAGCACUGACGGGUUUGCAGAGAGUGAAGGAGUGGGAUCCAAACUGCUGCGACCGGCCCUGGCCAGGUACUGUAUUGCCAUAAGCCUUUUACACACAUUUAAAUGGGAAUGCAGCUGCCUUCAAUGUGUGGAACUUUUUAGGCACCUGUUACUGUAUCCUGGUUGCUGGCCUUAAGGACUAUUUGGUGGUUCAAGAGCUGGUUCAUAGUGCAGAAUAGCCACCUAGCAAAGAUGUUUGCAAAACUGAAAAAGAAAAUUGCAGAAGAGAGUGCUGUCGUUCAGAAGCCAGGAGGUGCUACUAGGAUCCCACGGUCGGUGAGCAAGGAAUCCGUUGCCUCUCUGGGAGCUGACUCAGGAGAUGACUUUGCUUCUGAUGGAAGCAGCUCCAGAGAAGAUCUUUCAUCCCAGCUUUUAAGAAGAAAUGAACAGAUACGGAAGUUAGAGGCCAAACUUUCUGACUAUGCUGAACAGGUCCGAAACUUGCAGAAGAUAAAAGAGAAGCUUGAAAUUGCAUUAGAAAAACACCAGGAUUCUUCCAUGCGGAAAUUUCAAGAGCAGAAUGAGACAUUCCAAGCCAACAGAGCCAAAAUGGCAGAAGGACUGGCUAUGGCAUUAGCCAGAAAGGACCAGGAAUGGUCAGAAAAGAUGGAUCAGCUUGAAAAGGAUAAAAGGCUUCUGACAGCUCAGUUACAGGAAAUGAAGAACCAGAGUUUGAAUCUUUUCCAAAGAAGAGAUGAAAUAGAUGAAUUAGAGGAGUUUCAGCAGCAGGAACUAAGUAAAGUAAAGCACAUGCUUUUAAAAAAAGAAGAAAGUCUUGGGAAAAUGGAGCAAGAGUUGGAGGCACGAACAAGAGAACUUAGUCUCACCCAGGAGGAGUUGAUGACCUCCAAUCAGAUGUCAUCAGACUUAAGCCAAAAGCUAGACGAGUUGCAGAGACACUACUCAACGCUGGAAGAGCAGAGAGAUGCUGUGACAGCUUCAAAAACAGAUGCAGAAAAUAAGAUCACAGCCCUGGAAGAAAAGGAACAAGAGCUCCAAGCAUUCAUUCAGAGGCUUUCCCUUGAUUUGAAAAAGGUCACUACUGUAGCUCAAGAGAAAGAAAAACUCAUCACACAUUUGCAGGAGAAGGUCACAUCCUUGGAGAAGAGACUAGAACAAAACUUUUCAGGGGAAGAACAUGUACAAGAACUCCUGAAAGAGAAAACAGUUGCUGAGCAGAAUUUGGAGGAUACCAAACAGCAACUAAUGGCAGACAGAAGGAGCCAGGCCAUGGCCAUUGACAUCCUGGAGACUCGGGUGAAAGAGCUGGAACAGACCCUGCAGGCUUCUGAGGAGAAGUUAAAGCAGAGCAGUGAAGUCAUAGCUGCCCAGGAAGCUCAGAUUCAGGAGCUUUCCAGUGCAAACAGAGAGAGUAGCCAGGCACAGCAGCAGGUCCUUGCUCUGGAGCAGCAGUGCAGACAGCGCGUCCACUCACUGGAGUCCCAGAUUACUGCCCUAGAAAGAGCUAGGGAGGCUGACAAGACAGCUAUGGCGCAUGAGAUGAGAGAGCUGGAACAAGAAAAUGCAGAUCUUAAAGAAAGUAGGAGUGAAUGUGAACAUUCUUUGCAACAUCACCAACUUGAACUAAAGAAGCUAAAGGAAGAAUGGGGCCAAAGAGAAAUUGUGAGUGUGGCAAUGGCCCAAGCCCUGGAGGAGGUGCGGAAGCAAAGAGAAGACUACCAGCAACAGGCUGCUCACCUGACAGCAGUAAUAGAUAAGAAGGAACAGAGUCUGCAGGAAAAAACUGAAGUUAUUCUCCAGAAAGAGCAGGAGAUUUUCCAACUGAAGAAAGGUCAUGACUCUGCCCUGCUGCAAAUGCACCAGCUGCAGGGUGAGCUGGAGGCCUUGAGGAGUCUGAGGACAGAGGAGUCUGAGGCAGCCACUGCACGAGAAGACCUGCUGAGGCUGCCGGGCCAGGAGCAGGGAUUGGCACUCUCGGUCAGCCAGCUUCAUGUAACGUUGAAGGCCACGAAGGACCCCGUGUACCAACUUCCGGCUGCAGAGGGAACACCAAAUGGUGAGGUUAGGGCCAUGGAUCUAGGGCAGCUACAGAAGGAAAAACAGAACCUGGAGCAGCAACUUAUAGAGAAAAACAAGACCAUAAAGCAGAUGCAACAGAGGAUGCUGGAACUCAAAAAGACUCUGCAGAAGGAACUGAAAAUUAGACCUGAAAAUGAGCUUUUUGAAGUAAGGGAGAAGCCCGGCCCUGAGAUGCCAAGCACAGCCCCAUCUGUGACGAAUAAUGCAGACUUGACUGAUGCACGUGAGAUCAACUUCGAGUACCUUAAACAUGUUGUUUUAAAAUUCAUGUCCUGUCGAGAAUCCGAGGCUUUUCAUCUUAUAAAGGCUGUUUCAGUGUUGCUGAACUUUUCACAAGAGGAAGAGAACAUGCUCAAAGAAACCCUGGAGUAUAAGAUGUCAUGGUUUGGGUCCAAGCCAGCUCCCAAGGGCAGCAUCCGGCCAUCUAUCUCAAACCCUCGGAUACCAUGGUCCUAGAGGAAACUACCCAAGGAUGGAGCUCCAUGGAUUGACACUUUUUCUGUGAAAAGAACUGACACCAGUCUGGGUGGGUUUUUAAUCACUGUAACUGCAGUAUUUUGUACAAGUGACUAAACAUUGUUUACAAAACUUUAAGACCCACUUCCCUGCAGACUGACAUGAACCUCAGGAGGUAGCUGAUCCUGUCUAUCUAGUUACCAAAUGGGAGGGUCCCCAGCACUACCCAGAUCUCCACAGUGCUGCUAAAAUCUCAGCUCUGGCCAGCACCCUGUUUGCACCUGAAUACUCUGACUUUUGGUGUUAGCACUUAAAGCUGAAGCUGUCAGCUCUGUCAGAGGAAGCAACUGAUUCAUCAUGUAGUGAUGGUGCUGGAGUUAAGAUAGCCCUUUGUCCUGAUGCCCAGCAGGCAAACCCACGUGCUUCUGCUACAGCCAACCAGCCCUGUAGGGGUGUUCCUUUAAAAAUUUCCCUCCCGUUAGCAUGUUUGGGUUCAGAUGAGUUAGAAGAGGCUGCUUAACCAUUCCUCUCAAGAAAACUUUAUUUCACCUUCUCAAACCACCUAGAACUUUAAGAUGUGUACAUCUUUAAGCUACUUUGGGGCCAGAGUGGAUUAAUGAAUAUGCAACUUUCUGACAGUAUCUCAUUUUAAAGAAAACUAGCAAUUAUAUAAAAAAGAUCAUUAAGCAUAGUACCAAAUACACUCAAUUGCCUUUUUAAUGAAUGUUCUUGGAUAGGUUGCUGGUAAACCAUUUUAAACUAUUUUUUAUAGCUAAAGUUCUUCAGUAUUAUAAACCUGUCUUCUGUAUUAUAAAAUCCAUUUAAUUGGUGUUCUUAAAGAGAUUAGCAUCAAGAGGAAAUUAUUUCUUACACUGGGAUUCCUGUCUCUCUGCAGUUUUGCUAGCAGUGUGCAACAUCUGCUUCUCUCUGAAGCAGUGGUGGUUUUAUUUUGCUUUUCCCUUAUUUCUGUGUUGUGCUAACACUGAGCAAAUGCUAAUCACAUUUUUCCUACUGUUAAGGACAGUCUGCUGUAUUCAAAGGAAGCAGCAGCUGUGCCUCACCCCAGAUUGACCAAAACAUUGAAGGCAAUCUCCUUAUAUGUGGGGCCACCUUCUUCCCCAUCCUACCCCCAAAUAUUUAAUAGGACACUACGUUUGUAUGUGGAAUCCAGAUAGCCCCCAGUCGACUGCAGUGCUUGGCAGCUUGCAGGUGACUCUAGUAGUAACUGCUACAAAACUUAACAUAUGUUAUUAUUAAGGAAAAAGGAAUGUGCUUAUGCUGGAUAAGCCACAAUAUCAAAUCUAAAGGGAAACCAGUUAUUGAGUUAUAGUUUGAUGAAAGUUUCACUGGUUUAAUAAAAAAGUGAAUUAAUAAUUGGAGCUCCUAAAUUUAUUGUAAGUUAUCCAAUGAUGUAAAUAUGUUUCCCUAUUAUGCUUAGAGUUUAAAAUAUUAUAUAUAUUUAAUAGAGAAACAAAAAUUUGCAGGGUUAACCUACUAAAUUUUCAUGAACCUAAAAGUACCAAGUAAGAGCAGUGUAACCUUAGUCCCAACACCAGCUCUCUGGCAUCCAAAUGAACCAGUCUCCAGUCUCCUACCUCCUCACGCGGCUCUUCCUUGCAAAUGUCUUCUGUCCCUUGUUUAGAAUGCUAUUUUCCACUUACCUGAUGGGGCCAUGAAACCAGGAAUCCCUUCCGGUUCUGCAAUUUUAAUAACUAUGAGGUAUCUUUUUUUAAAAAAAGUUAGUUAGUUCAAGGCUUGCCAGAGGCAGCUAAAACACUCUCCUGUGGAAGUCCGGGUCCCUUGAGCUGGACUCAACACCACCCAACUCCUCCAGCAGUUUUAGGUGUAGUUGUGGGGCCCAUUGCUAAGUCUGUACUUGCUUAGGGAGGAUUCACUCUGACCGAUUAGGCUUUCCUCCUGCAUGUUCAGUUUCCUUCAGCUUUAAGAGGAAGAGUGGAGUAAAUAUUCUGAGAGUUAAUGCACUUUUACUUGUAUAAAACUUUCUGAUACAGUAUAUAUAGCCCUUUAUAUGAGCAUUGGAUCUUGAUCUCUCCCUCAAUGUUGUAAAUAGGGAUUGUAUUAUAUAAAACUGCUGUAGAAAUUCAUUUGUGGUGCAAUACACUUCUUGAUUAAAGCUCUCCAAUCAGA